AUGGAAGCCAAAAAUAUGGAACAUUUAGCAAAAGGAAUUCAGAUGGACACUGAGCAACAAUUGGAAACUCCAAAUACAACUGACCCAAUUAUUGUCCCCGAGAGUCCAGACAAAAAGGCUUCUGUCUUUUGCUUUAAGAAAAGGAAAAAGUCUUGUGAGAAGGUAGAAGAGAAGGAUGAGAACCAUGAAUCCAAUUCACUUAGCUUAAGGCCUGCUAACCAGCCUUCUGACAUGGGGCACAAUGAAACAGAGGUAUCAAAUCAAUUUUGGACUUCAGGAGGGGCCUGGCUGGCUUUCAAACGACUAGUGACAUUAAGGAGAAGAUCCAAAUCCACUUUGAAGAAACAAACAGAGGCUUGUUCUCGUGUACAUCUAGAUGUGGACAUAGGAGAUUCUGGCAGGACACGAUUUUCUAAGGAGCACGCCAGUUCUGGUUCUAAAAUUCCCUGCCUAAGACUCUCCCGAAGCAAAAAAAGGACCAGCCACUCUGAAAUAAUAGAACAGCCUGAUUGCAAGAAAAAAGGAAAUGAUACAGCAAGCAUCCUGAAUAACAAAAGUAACAAAGAGCCAGAGGUUGUGGCUAUGGAAGUUCCACUAGAUAUAAAACAAUCCCCCAGCAAAAGUCUACAGGAAGGAGAAAGUGACAAUGGAGCCAUGACAAAUAUGGAAAAUGUGUCACUCUCCAACAGAGAGAACAAAUUUCCUGAUCCCAAUUGUUAUAUUGACUGUGGAGUUCAAUCAGAAAUAAUCCAUUCUGAAACUGCACUUGUAACGGAAGAAGAGAAGCAAAUAUUUCAGUUACAUCAUGGAACCCUCUAUGGAAACCUUGAAGAGUUGGAAAAUCAGAAGUUCAGUUUUAAUGUUGAGAUCAGUCCUCCCAUUCCUCAGGAUUUGCCUGAAAGUGAACAACAACUUAUAGAAAGAGAGGGAACCAAAGAGACCAAGUCACAGCCAUUUGGGGCAGACAUUGAUGUUGUGGCCAAGAAUGAGGAUGUUGUUGCUAAGGAAGGUCAUUCCAUUGAAGUGAUGUUGCAUUGCAGCCCAUCUGUAAUGGAAGAUGAGGCUUCAGACAUACCAGUUUGUUUUGAUGAGGAAGAGAAAAGUGAAGAAAAGCAAUUUACCAUACCUGGGGCUGGCAUUAUAAUCAUGAUCACUGAAGCUGAAGAUGAUCAGGAUGAUGAAGAAGAAUCAGCUCCUACCUGUGAAACGUUUGCAUUUCCUCAAGCCAUCAAGCAAAAAGGGAAGAAAAAAACUAGCAAAAACCAAGCUUCUACUGAAGGAUGCAACUACACAAAGGAAGACCAAGCAUGCUCCCAGGUCCCCUCUUCCUUUGGCACCAACAGCCAGGAACACUGGACUUCAGAGCAAUAUGAAAUGCUGUUGAUUGAAACAGCUGCCUCGCUUGUGAAGACAGCCAUUCAGUCAUCUGUUGAGCAGCUUGUCAAUGAAAUGGCUUUGGAGCAAAAUAAACAAAACAGUCUUUUAUGA